GGGAGCCACUGUCCCCGGGGAGCUGCACGGACGGACGGCCCGCUCGCUGCCGGGGCCGCGGAGGUUAUAAAUCCAUCUACACAAAUUACAUUUGCAGAGAAGGCCAUUUUUAACCUGAUGGGAUCUCCAGUUUGCACAUCUACAUGCUAUUGUCUCCUUUCAAAAUAAAGAAUUAAGUACCUGUCCGUAGAAACAGCAGCAAGUUUAUGAAGAUGUAACUGAUAAUCGCAACGUACAUAAGUACACUGGAAAUGAUUAGAAAAUAAUCUGUGCUAUGAUCCAGCUACAUGCAGCAAAACAAUUUCUUACAUUGCUUGAUUUCUGUGUUCCUAAAAAGCAUUAUCGCAAAUUUGAGACGUUUUUUUUUCUUUAACUUUUCAGAAAUGUUAAGAUUUUUGGUAUAGUCAACGAAAAAUCCUCUUUGACAAAUGGUUAAUUUGCAUGGUUUCAGAACUCUAAUUUUCUCCACCUACAACACAAAGCUCCGAAGUGUUUGAGACUUCCAAACGAGGUGGUGGUUUUUCUAUCAUUUUGGUAGUUAAACUAAUUUUUUUCUUGUGCUUGACGUAUAAUUAAAAUGUACUCGUGGAUAUAACCAGCAUUUUGAGCAUGUCAUCAUGGCUAGAUUUCGGAGAAAAAUGUGGAUCACAUUACUGCUCUUUCUUUUGUUUGUUUUUGGUGUCAUGAUGGGCUUGAAGACGCUGAGACCUGAAGGAGUCGGGUUUGUAGAUGGUGUAGGACUUGAAUUAUUGCCACAUCUUCGAUAUCGAGCUGAUCCCAGUAACCGGAAAUCAAAUAUCCCCAGUGCUGAAAAGCCAGCUGAAAGUGGAACUCUUCCUCGUAAUUCAAAAAUAGAAGGACUACAUAGCGUGACACGUGUUCCCACGUCUGAUGAAAAUCUUGACCAUUUUCCUGCAGUGAAUUAUGAUUUACAUGCAUUUUAUUACUCGUGGUAUGGAAAUCAACAGUUUGAUGGGAAAUACAUACACUGGAAUCAUCCACUGGUACCCCACUGGGAUCCUAAAAUAGCAAGCAGUUAUCCCAAAGGAAGGCAUAAUCCUCCUGAAGACAUAAGCUCCAAUUUCUAUCCUGAGUUAGGAGCUUAUAGUUCUAGAGAUCCAGCAGUCCUCAAUGCACACAUGAAGCAAUUCCGAGCGGCUGCAAUAGGUGUGGUGGCCCUGUCCUGGUAUCCACCUGGAUUGUUUGAUGAGAAUGGUGAGACCACAGACGGUCUAGUGCCGGCCAUACUGGAAGCUGCACAUAAAUAUCAGUUAAAGGUCACCUUCCACAUUGAGCCAUAUGAAGGAAGAGAAAAUAGUCUGUACAAUAAUUUGAAAUACAUCAUUGACAAGUAUGGGUCCCACCCAGCAUUUUACAGACGCAAAACCCACACUGGAAGAAACCUUCCAAUGUUUUACAUUUAUGAUUCGUAUUUAACAAGCCCAGGAUCUUGGGCCAACCUUUUCUCUAAGUCAGGAUCAAAUUCUGUUAGAAAUACUCAAUAUGAUGCACUAUUCAUUGCUCUAAUUGUUGAAGAGAAACAUAAAAAUGAAAUUAUUCAGGCUGGAUUUGAUGGAAUGUAUACAUACUUUGCAACAAAUGGAUUUUCCCAUGGUUCUUCUCAUCAAAACUGGCAAACAAUAAAAGAUUUCUGUGACGGCAAUAACCUUAUGUUUAUCCCAAGUGUAGGGCCUGGGUAUAUAGAUACCAGCAUUAGGGCUUGGAACAAUCAUAAUACAAGGAAUCGCGUCAAUGGCAAGUACUAUGACACUGCUUUCAGCACUGCCCUUCUAGUUCGUCCAGAAAUAAUCACCAUAACUUCUUUUAAUGAGUGGCAUGAAGGAACUCAGAUUGAAAAAGCAGUUCCUAAGAAGUCAAGUCAGAUAGUUUAUCUGGACUAUUUGCCUCAUAAACCAGGCAUCUACCUAGAGCUAUCUCGUAAAUGGGCAGAAAAGUUUCGCAAAGAGAAAGAACAGUGGCUGAUUUGAAUGUUUCUAGUCUACAGGAAUAAAAUAAUUUAGAAAGUUUACAAAUGGUAAAGUGGUAACUUAAAACCGUCCAAUUUUAUAUCAGAAGGCCUCCUUUACCUUAUUUAGCAUUGUUUAAACUGAGUGUCUACAAAUAGUUCAAUAAUAAAAAAGAGCCUGCAGGCACUAUGUCCAUUAAUGUUCAAAUAGUCAUGAGUAGUCCUUACCAUUCAGUCUCUCACUUGCCACAGCACAAUUUAAGCAUCUAUUCUAGACUUUACCGUAACAUUAUGUUUUGCUGAUACUGCAUGAGGACUUUAUCCAUUGGACUGAUAGUGACAUUUAAUUAUCAAAUUAUUUGAAUAAUAAACCUAUAAUUUCUUGUAAUACUUAAAACAGUGUCACAGCUGUUAGCUGCUGUUUCACAGAGCUAGAUACCCAGGUAUGAUCCUGAUCCUGGGUGUUGACUGCAGUGUUUGCACGUUCUCCCUGUGACCACUUUGGCUUCCACUGGGGACUCCAGUUUCCUCCCAACAUCCCCAAAACAUGUGUGUUUGUAGGUAAAGCGGCCUUUAUAACAUUAUGUAAGGAGUGGAUGAGAAAGUGGGGUAACGUGGAACUAAUGUAAACGGGUGAGCAAUGGUCAGCGUGGGCCAAAGGGCCUGUUUCCUUGCCAUAGAUCAGACAAUCUUUCAUUGAACUUUAUAGAUACAAAGUACUUCAGAUGCUAGUAUCUUGAGCAAAAAGCACAUAGUACUGGAGUAACUUGGCGUGUCAGAAGGGUCCUAACCCAAAACGUCAUCUUUCCAUGUCCUCAGAUGCCACCUGAUCUACUGAGUUACUAUAGAACUUUUUUUUUUUUCAUUGAGCCAACUGGUUUUUGAUUAUAAUCCAGAUAGUAUCACUCAAUGUUAAUUUAUAUUAUUUCUUGUGGGCAAUAAUUUAAGCAGGUGUUUGACGUGUUCAAACUGAACAACAGUAGAACCAAUGGAAUCGGCAUUCAAAACUGAAACAUUCCUUGUGUUUGAGGCAUUUCUCAAAUUUGAUAAACUAUCAACUAUUGUAUUGACAUUAUUUAAACAUCCUUUAGCCUUCUGUGCGGCUAAAAUAUAGACUUGUAAUGGUAGAACCACUGAGCAUGAAUUUCAGAGUUAACACUUGAAAUAUUUUUAUUUAUUUUACUGCACCUGUGCAUUUUCAUUUAUUUGUUGAUCAAGAAUUGAAUGACUAUUUGAUUGUAAGUUGAAUUAUUCAGUAUCUUUUGGUUGAUUAGUGGUGACAUUUCACAUUCAAUUCUAUGGUUGUUGAAUUAAGUUAACAGCACACCAAGUUAUUAUAUACAUCCCUAAGGUUUCCAUCUGCAUUUCACAAGCACCAAAUAUCUGGCAUUGCUGCGUUUACAGUUUGCGGAGGCUAUUUAUUUUGUGGGGUUUUAUAUAAUAAAUAAAAUUAAUUUAGAAUUGUAAAGAAAAACUUGCUGUUGGUAUAUAACCUUUUGUAUUAAUCUGAAGGCCCACAUACCAAAUAUACACUGAAAACUUUAGAAUUAUACCUCCAAUGUGUACCAAUGGACAGCCUUUAAUAGUAUUUGGGUGGACUAGGCCAGUGAUAUUUUGUGCUUUUUUUACCCAAGUUGCAUUCAGAAAUAACAUUCUGAAUGCAUUGUUUUCUUAGAAACCACUGGUUGCUGUUUGCAAAGUAUUCAUUUUUGUGAAAAGAAUACAUUAUUUGUUGAAAAACACAGGCAUGUGAAAAAAGCAAUACUGGUAUCUGGAAUUAAAGAGCAUCACUUUGAAUUAUACUAAUUUCAAUAUAAGUGGACUUAAGAUUUAGUAAUAAAUUUAAAUCUUAGCUCCCUUUUUGCCAUCCACAGCAUGUAAGGGCACUAAGGUGUGGAGUAAUAUUUUGUACAAAAGAUUAAUAUGAUCUGAUGAAAAAUGACAUGCACUGAUUGUUUGUAAUAAGAGUCCACCUGUAUUAUUUUGAAUCUUGUAUUGGCUCAGCAGAAAUGGACUAUUUUUAAAUUUUCUGGUGUUGAAUAAUUUUAAUGUAGGAGAGAUUACUGAAUAAUUGCCACUUCAUGAACUUAAUUCUGCAGUAUAUUUUGUAAACCCCAGAUUCUACAACAGGCUUAAUUUUACAUAUCUAUUUCAUCCAAUAUUCCAGUCUAGUAAAGCAAUGUUUUCAGGUUUCAA